CACAAAACACUCCUUUUUCCAAGAUGGCGUCGAUGAAGGACAGCGACACCGGCCUGUGGCUUCAUAACAAACUGGGAUCAACAGACGAGCUGUGGACGCCGCCGAGCAUCGCCUCUCUCCUCACGGUGUCGGUUAUCGACAACAUACGGCUGUGCUUCUCCAGCCUGUCUCCGCCGGUGAAGCUGAAGCUGCUGCUGGGGAUGCUGCACCUCCCGCGGAGGACGGUGGACGAGAUGAAGGAGGCCCUGUCGGAGAUAAUCCAGCUGGCUACUGUGGAUUCCGAGCCCUGGGUGCUGAUGGUGGCAGAUAUCCUCAAGUCCUUCCCAGAGACUGGCUCUCUCAACCUGGACUUGGAGGAGCAGAAUCCCAACGUGCAGGACAUUCUUGGAGAGCUCAGGGAGAAAGUGAGUGAGUGUGAGGCAUCCGCCAUGCUUCCUCUGGAAUGCCAGUAUCUUAAUAAGAGUGCAUUGACCACCCUAGUGGGACCCCUUACACCCCCCGUCAAACAUUUCCAGCUCAAGAGGAAGCCCAAAAGUGCAACGCUCAGAGCAGAACUGUUACAGAAAUCGACAGAAACGGCUCAACAGCUGAAAAAGACAGCCGGAGUGCCUUUUCAUGCCAAAGGAAGAGGACUGGUCAAAAAGAUUGACACUACAACUCCUCUGAAGGGGAUUCCCAAGGCUCCGUUCCGCAGCCCCACGGCCCCCAGUAUGUUCAGCCCUCCCAGUAACCGCACACCCAUCGCUCCUCCACGGACACCCCUGCGGAAAGAGAGAGGGGUUAAGCUUUUAGAUAUUUCAGAGCUGGACAUGGUUGGUGCUGGAAGAGAGGCUAAGAGGAGAAGGAAAACUCUGGAAACAGAAGCUGGCGAGAAAGCAGCCAAAGAAGAGGCAGUGGUGGAGAACACGACUCCAGACUAUGCUGCUGGCCUCGUCUCUGCACAGAAACUGGGGGCACUGAACGAGAAUCCUCUGCCAUCGACCAGCUACCUACCAGCUACACCCAGCAUGGUUCCCUCCUCCUCUUACAUUCCCAGCUCCGAGGCACAACCAGCGAAUGCUGGGGGUUCGGGUCGGGACACGCUGCAGGCAGCACGCCAGCCAGAGGAGUCGGCAACAGCAGGCACUGGAGCCACCGCCACCUUACCAAACCAGUACAAGCAGCGCACCCCCAUGUACAACGCAGGAACCACGGUGAACCCUGCCACCCCCACAUCCCCGAGCACGCCGGCCUCCACGCCGGCCAGCAACGGCCCCCCAGCAGCUACGACCGCCACCCAACCAGAGACCCCCACCCAACCUCCCAGCACACCGCAGACCCCCACCCCGACCCCGGCCCCCACACCACCACAGCCCCAGCCCAAAAAGAACCUGUCCCUCACGCGAGACCAGAUGUACGCUGCCCAGGAGAUGUUCAAGACGGCCAACAAGGUCACCAGACCCGAGAAGGCCCUGAUCCUGGGGUUCAUGGCUGGAUCCAGAGAGAACCCGUGCCCGGAGCAGGGGGACAUCAUCCAGAUCAAGCUGAGCGAGCACACAGAGGUUCUGCCCAAAGCCGACGGCACCGGCAGCACCACCAUGCUGGUGGACACGGUCUUCGAAAUGAACUAUUCCACGGGACAGUGGACACGCCUCAAAAAAUACAAACCAAUCACCAAUACCUCCUGAAGGAACCUCACGCGUUAAAGAUCCCUCACACAAGAAAACAUGUACCGUUAAAAACGUGUUUACACAAACAUACGUGUUCACAUCCACAUUUGGGCCAAAUGGGAGGGUGGAAGAUUGUAAAGGAGAGAAAGAGCCUCCCUUUUAGUGCACCGCAAAAUGCUGAACUUUUUUUUUUUUUCCUUUUCUCUUCAUAUACCCUUUUAUUGUUUCUAUUUUUGUCACGUCGGAUUCCUAAAUGUUUGGAUCGGGAAUGGUGGAGGAGAGGAAUCGUAUCGCCCCCCCUUCUGCAUCUGUCCUGAAGUGCAAGCAUGUCACAUGUCUCCAGAAGACGAGUUAUCUGUAUUUUUCUGUACAAACGUGACUCUUGCAGCUUACACUUCUGCCCCUCGGCCCAGAGAGAUGUUUUGUGACAAAACAAAGGGAGAGAGACUGAUCGUCAUCAUUGAAGGUGACCAAGUUAAAUAAAAACAUUGGCAGCAAAUAGUUGUCAACCAAUGUCUGAAGCCUUUUAGUAGAUGUUUAAACUUUACAUCCUCUUUUUUUCAUAAGGGAAGAAAAUAAAGUGACAGCAGACUUUGGUGGUGGGGGGGGGUUCUUCAUCUUUCGUCAGUUCUGUUUUCUGAAAUUAAUGUUGAGUUUGAGCUGGUGCUGAAAUGAAUCUGCUGGUAAGUGCAUCCUCAGGUAGAGACUAAAAAUGUUUGCAGGAGAUUUGCAAACCAGUAUGUUAACUCAUAUAGUGCAUUAUUAGAAUAAUUUCACAAAUGUUUAAUGUGUACAUCUGUAAGAAAGUUCCCAUCCAUAACCAUAAGUAAAGCCAAAAGCUUUUGUUUUUAAAAUGAUUUAGCGUGGGAUUUAUUCUGCGACGCUGGAAAUAAUCCAUCUGCAAACGUUCAGCACAAACGUGGUCAGCCGGUACAUGUGUUGCCGUCUCCAAAACGGUUUUGUUGAUAAAACU